UUCCUUUUUUUUAGAAGACCGUUCUUGAACUCACUGAUUAUACAAGGUGCACCGCUUUGAUGAAAUGUGAUCGGUCGGUUGUUAAGUGGUGACGUAAGAAGCGCUGUUUCCGGGUCCAAGCCUCUACUUGCUUCACUUGAGAAUACUACCUCAGCAGCCGUUUAUGAGCACUGUUUAUUCAUAAUGAACAUUUAAGUUAAACGUUUUCAAACUUACGGUCUACACUACAGUCUUAAUGCUCACAACGUCCCAAACACAAAUUAUUUUUAUAUUUAUUUAUUUAUAUUUAUAUUUUCAUUGUCUGGCUAUCUGGGAUUUCGGUAUGGAGUUAAAGAGCGUUUGGACACGGAAGCGGUGACACGUGGCGUCAGACUUAACAAGCGGAUAUUGUCUUAUUACGGUUACAAUAUAAUUGUAACAUGUAAUGGCAGCAGGAGUACAGGGCAGGUUGUCCAGUUAAUGAACAUUCGGCUGCAGGAGCGUGGGAAAAAUAGACGCCAUAUGAUAUGCCAGCUCUUACAAUGUCAGAGAUCGAGGACUGUCAAAGACGCUUUCAGGCGGCUGUCGACGUCAUUCAAAGUCUACCCAAAAAUGGUUCCUACAGACCCUCUUAUGAAGUGAUGCUGCGGUUUUAUGGUCUAUACAAACAGGCAGUCUGUGGCCCAUGUACAGUGUCCCGCCCCGGAUUCUGGGACCCUGUAGGCCGUUACAAAUGGGAUGCUUGGAACCAGCUUGGAGACAUGAGUCGGGAGAAUGCCAUGGCUGCUUAUGUGGAUGAAAUGAAGAAAGUUGCACAAGAGGUCAUAGACACCAUGCAAAUCAAUGAGAAGACUGCAUCCUUUUUCCACUAUUUUGAACCUCUCUAUCAUGUCAUUCAUGAUAUGCCCAGACCUCCAGAGGCACUUUUAUCUCUCAGAUCAGAUGUAAAUGCCAAAGAACCAACUGAUGGUUGGGCUGAUCAUGAAGUGGAGCGGGCAACUCAAGAACCAGCUCUUCAACCGAAGGACACAGGGAUGGUCCCUGAAAGUGAACUUAAAGCUGAGAGCACAGAGGUACCUGUGUCUGAGGUUCAGGGGCCGACUAGUGACUCAGAAAGUGAAAUCUUUUGUGACUCAUUGGAACAGCUGGACACUGUUAAGCCUGCUGCAAUGCCAGAUGGUAAUGCCAGUUCCCAGAAUGAGCAUGCACACAUUGAGACCUCUGGAAUCCAGGAGAAUCAUUACAGCCCUCUCUCUCAGGUGACCAUGUUCGGUGCUGGACAUGGUGGUGAGGGGGCAGAAGAUAGGCAUGGUCCUUCCAAGAGGAGGAGAACUACAGGAAGAGAGGGGAUGCAGCAGGGCUGGAGGGACCCCUCCGGAUAUAUGGCUCCCCGCAAUGCUAGGUGGGCGGAGCAGCUUGCCUCAGGGGCUGGUUCAGGGCAAGGGGGCAGAGACGAUUCUAAGGGUGGGCCUGACAGGAUACAGAACAGCCAAGUGCAGCAGCAGAUUAUUCUAGCCUUACAGCAACUCAGAGAGGACAUGCAGAGCAUCAUGCAACGACUAGAGGUGGUUGAAUACCUUGCAACUGCAAAUGCUCGAAGUUCACAGCGGAGAUCCCAUUUACACUUGACAGCUGCAGAAACUGAGGAGAAAUGGUGGCCAUUUGACAUCUCUGGACGUACAUUACUACUGUUGUUAGUGUGGCCUUUUGUGACUCAGGCACUGAUGUUUCUACUGAGACGGAGGAAGAGAAAGAUUAAUGUGUGCUUAUGAAUUUACUGUACUGAGUUCAAAUGAAAGUAGAAGUCACAAUGAUAACUAAUUAAUUGUGACCUAGCAUUCAAUGCUUCAAAUGUAGCACUUUGUUAGCAUGAGGUGAAGAGAGAAAAUUUUAUAAUCUCAUAUCUCUGAAAUCUGAGGAAGAUUAAAUGUAUGAACAAGAUGAAUGCAGUUCUUAGAGACAUCCUGGAGUUAAUUAUUUAAUUUAAUAUCCAUGAUGUGUUCCGUUGUAAUUCUGCUUAAAUGUAGCCAUGUGCAGAGACUUUGUCAAUAAUGUAUAAUAUACAUAUUAUGGUAUUUUGAAAAUAAGUUAUGUUUAUUAGUAUCUCUGUGCUGAUGGUUGAAAUUGACCUUGUAAAUGCCAUCUGCACCACAACAAAGGAUUACAGUCCUGCUGAUCUUACUUGUAGGAUGUUGCAGGGUGCCAGGCUUUUUUUGUAGAACUGACAAAAAAAAUGUAUGCAGUCAAAAAAAGCCUUAAAUAACUUCAGGGGCCUUCACGUGGGGUACAUGCUCUGAUAUGAGAAAAAAGAACCAGCAACAGCAUAUUCUGACUAUCAUGUUCUAUAAUGAAAGAAUACACAUAAAUAAACAAAACAAAUGGAUUUUAUAUAAUGGUCAUCCACUUGUUACUUUUAUUAAACAUGCAAU